AAUUUUUUUUGUUUUCAGGUGUUGUUUCAUGCUGUAAUUUACUGACAACAGAUUCAUUGGCCUAAGAAUGAAUGUUUGUGCACAGGUGUCAGCGUCUCCAAUCCAGCUGAGUUUGUUUGAAGAACACCUCCAUGAUGGAGUUCCAUACCUCUAGUAGUGGAGAAGAACCCUCUGUCCCAAAGCUUCAGAAGUCCAGAGCAGACUCUCCAGAACCCAGCAGUGUGUCUCUGAAGAGCAGCAACUCCUCCAGGUUGAGUCCUCCUAACUUUCGUUGUGGAGGAACUGGUACUGACCCAAGACUUCAGAAAUCCAGAGAAGACUCUCACAAGCUCUGCUGUGUGUCUAUGAAGAGCAGCGACUCCAUGUCUAAUCCUCCUGGUUUCAGUAUCAGAGGAACUGGUAUUGACCCAAGCUGGAGGAGGGAUGAUCGAGAUGAUGUCCUGCACAGAGUCUUAGAGAGACACAAAAGCAGCCUGAAGAUCAAGUAUGAGAGCUUAUUUGAGGGAAUCAAAAUGCAAGAGAAUAAAACCUUCUUGAACAGGAUUUACACUCGGCUCUACAUCAUAGAGAGAGAGAGGGAAGGAGUGAAUGAAGAACAUGAGGUUUUGCAGAUGGAGAAAACAUCCAGGAAACAGUUACAAGACACCCCAAUCAACUACUUAGAUAUUUUUAAACCUAUAGGAGAUCCUAAAGGUGAAAUGGAAGAACAGAAUAUUAGAUAUGUGAUGGCCAACAGUGUCAGACAAAAAGAAAGAAGAGAAGAUGAAACACCAAAACAGCUCAGAACUGUCCUGACUAAAGGCAUUGCUGGCAUUGGAAAAACUGUGUCUGUGCAAAAGUUCAUUCUGGACUGGGCUGAAGGAAAAGCCAACCAGGACGUAGAUUUCAUGUUUGUGCUUCCUUUCCGGGAGCUGAAUCUGAUUAAAGAUGACCAGUUUAGUCUUCAUAGACUUCUGUGUGAUUUCCAUCCUGAGCUGAAAGAUCUGGACCCAAAGAUAUAUGAUUCAUACAAAGUUGUGUUUAUCUUUGAUGGUCUGGAUGAAAGCAGAAUUCCACUGAGUUUUUCACAAAGUAAGAAAGUAUCAGACAUAACAGUGUCUUCAUCAGUGGAGAUGUUGAUGACAAACCUCAUCAAAGGAGAUCUGCUUCCCUCUGCUCACAUCUGGAUAACCACCCGACCAGCAGCAGCCAAUCAGAUACCUGCUGAACACAUUGACCGUGUGACAGAAAUUCAGGGAUUCAAUGACCCACAGAAGGAGGAGUACUUCAGGAAGAGAAUCAGUGACCAAGACCAGGCCAAGAGAAUCAUCUCUCACAUUAAGACAGUAAAGAGCCUCCACAUCAUGUGCCACAUUCCAGUCUUCUGUUGGAUCUCAGCCACUGUGCUUCAGCAAAUGAUAAACAGGAGUAACAUGGAAAUCCCCAAAACUCUGACUGAAAUGUACAUACACUUCCUGCUCACUCAGAUGAAUAUGAAGAAUGAGAAGUUUGAUGGAAAAGAUGAGAGCGAUCCAGAGAAACUUCUGGAAUCUAACAGAGAGAUGAUUCUAAAACUGGCUAAACUCGCUUUCAAACAGCUGAUUAAGGGUAAUGUGAUGUUCUAUGAAGAGGAUCUCAGAGAGUGCGGCAUUGAUGUCACUGAGGCCUCAGUGUACUCUGGGAUAUGCACUGAGAUCUUUAAGGAGGAAUCUGUGAUCUAUCAGAGGAAGGUCUACUGCUUUGUGCAUCUGAGCUUUCAGGAGUUCCUGGCUGCUUUCCAUGUGUUUUACUGCUAUGUGAGCAAAAACAUGGAGGAACUGCAUUUUUUUCUGCUGGAUGAGCUACUGAGAGGAGCAGUACGUAAAGCCUUAGAGAGUGAAAAUGGACACCUGGAUCUUUUCCUUCGUUUCCUUUUGGGCCUUGCAGUAGAGUCCAAUCAAAAACUCCUACAGGGUCUAUUGGCACAACCAAAGAGAAGCUCAGAGAGCAUCAACAAAACAGUGCAGCACAUCAAACGCCUUAUAAAAACAGAAGAUCUUCCUGCUGAGAGAUCUAUCAACCUGUUCCUCUGUCUGACUGAAUUGUAUGACCAGUCUCUCUCCAGAGAGAUUCAAGAGUAUCUAAAAUCACAGAAACAUGCAAAAACCAAACUCUCUGCUGCACAUUGCUCAGCAAUAGCUUACAUGCUGCAGAUCUCAGAAGAGGUUCUGGAUGAGCUGGACCCAAAAAAGUUCAACACAUCAGAGGAGGGUUACAGGAGACUGGUUCUGGCCACGAGCAACUGCAGAAAGGCUCUACUAUCAAGCUGCAGUCUUGGAGUAAAAGCUUGUGAAAAUCUGAAAUCAGUUUUACUAACAGAAAACUCCUCCCUGAAAGAACUGGACCUUAGUAGUAAUGACCUGCAGGACUCAGGAGUGGAUCUGCUCUCUGCUGGACUGAAGAGCUCACACUGUAAACUUCAGAUACUCAGAUUAUCUGGUUGUAUGAUCACAGAAGCAGGCUGUUGUUCUCUGGCAUCAGCUCUGAGUUCAAACCCCUCACACCUGAAAGAGCUGGAUCUGACCUACAACCAUCCAGGAGAGGCAGGAGUCAAGCUGCUUUGUGCAAGACUGGAGGAUCCACAAUGUGCACUCAGCACUCUCAGAGUGGAACAUGGAGGUGAGAUCAGAAUCAAACCAGGACUGAAGAAAUAUUUCUGUCAGCUAACUCUGGAUGCCGACACAGCACAUCCUCAUUUCAGUCUGUCUGACAGCAACAGAUUGUUGAUGCACAGUGGUAAAUCACAGCCUUACUCUGAUCAUCCAGAGAGAUUUGACUGGUGGGCUCAGGUGUUGUGUAAAGAGAGUGUGAGUGGACGCUGUUACUGGGAGGUUGAGUGGAGCAGUCGGGGACAGGGGUGGUUGUAUGUAUCAGUCUCAUAUAAAGGGAUCUGCAGAAAAGGACAGGGUCACGAAUGUGUGUUUGGACGUAACAGUCAGUCCUGGAGUCUGGAAUGUUCUCCCACUCUCUCUUUCUGGCACAACAGCAUUCAGACUGUGCUCUCAGGUCCAUCACCCUCCAGAAUAGGAGUGUACGUGGAUCACAGUGCAGGAACUCUGUCCUUCUACAGCAUCUCUGACACAGUGACCCUCCUACACACAGUCCACACCACAUUCACUCAGCCGCUCUAUGCUGGGUUCUUUGUUGGUGAAGCUGACUAUUCUGUAAAGUUGUUUGAUAAGUAAUGAUUUAUGUAUUGAAUAUGGUGGUUAACUUAUAAAUAUAUUCAGAUUAUUACUUCCACUGUAGACUUAAUUUAAAUUGUGUGUUUACCUUUUUAAGAUUCAUUGUGUUAUCCGUCUAUUCUUCAUGGUUAUAUGUAUCCGUUGAUUUGCUUGUACUCAAGAGAUGAUCAUUUUAGAAUAGCAAGUGUUUAAGUCUCUCUCUCUGACUAAAUGGCAGU